AUGCCACCAUUGUUGAGAAAAGGGAAAUUUCGGAAAGAGAACACUCCCAACGCGGGCGACGUUGCCGCCCUAGUCCGCCGCCUGCGGGCCGCGUCGACCAAUCGGAUCGGCCGGCUGCUCGGCUCUGCGAACCGGGCCGAGGGCGGCCGACUGCGCGCUCACGACAAAAAGUCACACGACUGGCUUAGUGUCGGGUCGCGUCCCAAAGACGCCGCUUCACGUGCCGCGCACACGGAGCACGAACGCGCCGCGCCUGCGCAAUCCACGGAGUCCAGAGCAAAACAACGUUCGCGUCCCCUUCCGAUCCGACGGAACGCUUGCAAAGCUGGUACACCCCAGGCGACAUAUACCGACCUUACCUGG